GGCCACGGAGAGGGCUGGCCAGAAGGGCCUGCCUGGUCUUGCCCCUGGAGCCUCUAUGGCCUCAGCUUCCGGGGGCAGGGCUGCCUCUGGAGCCUCCUUUCCUGCUCUUUCCCCCACAGAGCAAUGGCUGCCCACCUUAGGCUGCAGGGGACCUUGGCCCUGGUGACAGGGGGCGGCAGUGGCAUCGGCCGGGCCAUCUGCACUCGCUUUGCCCGGGAAGGUGCCCUGGUGGCCAUUGCAGACUGCGACGAAGCUGGGGCGUCCAAGACUCUGCAGGGGCUCCAGGCGGGAGACCAUGAGGCCUUGCGCGUGGACGUGGGAUGCGCCAAGAGCGUGGCACACCUCGUGGACCGUAUCCAGGCCCGCUUCUCUCGCCCUGCCAGCGUCUGUGUCAACUGUGCCGGGAUCACCAUGGACGAGUUCCUGCUGAAGCAGACGGAGGAGGCCUUUGACACGGUCCUCAGGGUCAACCUCAAGGGAACGUUCCUGGUGACGCAGGCUGUGGCACGGGCACUGGUGGCCGCCGGGAUCUCCCAGGGCUCCAUCAUCAACUUGGGGAGCGUCGUGGGGAAGGUGGGGAAUCUGGGGCAGGUGAAUUACGCAGCCUCCAAGGCUGGGGUGGAGGCUCUGAGCAAGACGGCGGCCAAGGAACUGGCCAGAUACGGGAUCCGCUGCAACACGGUUCUGCCAGGGUUCAUCCGUUCCCCCAUGACGGAGAAAGUCCCCCAGAAAGUGUUGGACAAGUUUGCAGCGAUGGUGCCACUGGGACGGCUGGGGGAGCCUGAAGAUGUUGCUGAGGUUUGCACUUUCCUGGCCUCUGACGAGAGCUGCUACAUUACUGGGGCCAGCUUGGAGGUGACAGGGGGCCUUUUCAUCUGACAACGCCCGUUUCCCGGCAUCUGGAGACACCACAGGAAAAACCAAGGGGCCUUGUGACGCAACACUCCCUGACUUGACACUCCCCCCAAGGAAGGACUGGGGGGUCCUCCUUCUGGGGAGACACUGCACUGUGGGGACAAUCUUGAAGUUUUCUGGCUGAUGCUUUUCAAUGCAAGGGGGAAGGCUUAGAAGCUGGACAUGCCCCUCUCCUCCUGCCCCUAGGCGGGUUCUCUGGAGGGGAUGGGGUGGGGUGGGGAGCUUUUGCACAAGGGGUGAUGCUAAGAUCAAAGAAUCGCAAUCCAGACUUUCACCAUGGAGGGAGGUUGUUUAGAUUUGACUGGGGAUAGGAUGAUUCGUGGAUCAACCAUUCGCUCAGUGAAUUAAUUGCUUCUGUAAAAGUGCAUUUAAUGGGCAGCUUCUCUUUGAGAACCUGAAGGGAACGUCAGAGACCUUUGCAUUCAGUGUGCAGAAGUCGCCACUCACUGUCAGAAGGAAAAGUUGUUCUUCCUCACUGCUGAUUUCAUCUCAGUUUAACAGACAGCAGAACGAGAUUUAUGGCCUCAGUAUAUAUGGGAAGCACUUCAUAAAUGAAAUCUGCACACACACACCUGCUAUCUUUUACAAACUGCUGUCAACGAAGUCUAAAAAGAUGGAUCCCUGCCCUGAGGAGCUUGCAAUUUGAAAGUUGUUGCGGGAGGGAGGCAAGGACGAUGGACGGGACAGAUAGGUUUACAUUUCAGUUGUGUGUCCUUGGGUUAGUGGCAAUGGCGGAGGGGGCCUGGAUUCAGCCCCAGUGGUUCAGAAUUGACUCCCGCUCAUGAGGUGGCUAAAUGGUGCCCCCCCAGGAACGCCAAUGACAAGCAAAAAACCCAACAGCAUGUACUGUAUGUGUGCAAACUGAGGAGGAGACUUCCUGCACCUGAUGAAGUGCGGCCUGUACUCCCUGAAACCUUCUGCUGAAUUACAUUUUUUCAUUCUACAA